AUGCCUUACUACGCCUGCGAGUAUGCGCCCCAAAACUACGACUGCAUGAACGGCCCCUGCCUGUGCCAGAUACGCUACGCCGGCGACGAGUGCGCCGGCCCCAACAUGCCUUACCACGCCUGUGAAUUUGCGCCCCAACAAUACGACUGCAUGAACGGCCCCUGCCUGUGCGAGAUACGCUACGCCGGCGACGAGUGCGCCGGCCCCAACAUGCCUUACCACGCCUGUGAGUAUGCGCCCCAACACUACGACUGCAUGAACGGCCACUGCCUGUGCGAGAUACGCUACGCCGGCGACGAGUGCGCCGGCCCCAACAUGCCUUACCACGCCUGUUAG